GUUCUUUUGAUCGGUCGUCCAAAGCUGCCGUCAGAACGGACCCAACUCUUCUGUUCCUCCUCCGGAAUCAAACCAUCCGCUCCCGCGGCGCUCUCCGGAAGUCCACCGCUUUUUCGUGUCCGAGACUUGGAGCUCUUCCUUCCUCCGCAAGUUGCAGUUAGAAAAAAUUGAAGCCUAUCGCCGGAGCAGAGUCCUUUGUCAACACAGGCAAUUGCUCUAGCAAGGACAUAGUUAUCACGAUGGCGGAAGAUCUCGUCCUUGACAGGGCCAUAAGGGAUUGGGUCUUGAUCCCUCUCUCCGUGGUGAUGGUGUUGAUCGGCUUCCUCCGCUACUUUGUCUCCAAGCUUAUGCGAUCCUACCAGACCCCAGAUCGUAAAGUUGUUAAGGAAGGGCAAGUGGUUCUUAGGGCGAGGAAUUUGAGGGUUGCAGCUGGAUUUAUUCCCACCAAGUCUUUCUGGUCCCGAAGGGUUUAUUUUACCAAUGAGGAGAAUGGCUUGCUGCAUGUUCCAAAAGAGCAAGCUCAGAAUCCACAAGCACAGAUGUUUUCAGAUCCUAACAUGGCUAUGGAUAUGAUGAAGAAGAACAUUUCAAUGAUUGUUCCACAGACACUUACCUUUACAUGGGUGAAUUUUUUCUUCUCUGGUUUUGUGGCAGCAAAAAUACCAUUUCCUUUAACCCAUAGAUUCAGGGGAAUGCUGCAGAAUGGGAUUGACUUGAGCACUGUUGAUGUCAGCUAUGUCAGCGGUCGUUCUUGGUACUUUCUUAAUUUGUUUGGACUAAGGGGUUUAUUCUCUCUUAUUCUUGGUGAAGAGAACGCCACAGAUGAUGCACAGCGAAUGAUGCAGAUGGGUGGAUUUGGUUUUGAUCCAACUAAGAGUUUAAGUGCUGAGAAGGAUAGCCUCGACAUCAUACAACAUGAGUGGAUCCUUCCUAAGAUGGAGAAACGUGCUGAAGAUGUGUUGAAGAAACUGCUUAAGUAGCCAGUCAGACUAGUUAAGAUUGAACACCCAUAGUAUGACUAAAAAUUCGCAUUUUCAUUUUACAAAGUUUUCCAGAUGAGAAUUAACUCAUCUGGUCUUCCCCUAAGGAGUACAGGUUUUAUACUAAGGAUUACCAUGAUACUUUAUUUGAAAAUCGAUACAUCAUUAGGGCUUCAAUGUGUUUCUAUGUUUUGGUGUAUAUUUCCAUUAUAAAAUGUCGAGUUGUUAGUGUGUAAGCAAAAACAUAGAAAACCAUGAAAUUGAAAUCUAGAGUUGUAUGAGUUUUUAUA